AUGAGUGCUCUUGUUUUGGAUACCGGCUUUACCAUCCAAUUCCUGCUUGAGCAGAUCGCCAGAGUCGAGGGUGAUAGGGGGAUUAGUGUGGAGAAUCUGGAGAGUUUUGAGGCCAAGGUGAGGAAAGAGAAGUUUUUUGUGGCAUGAUAAACGAGUCUUGGGUCAGUUUACGUCAUGUUAACAUAAUUCGGAAAUAUUGAUAAAAUGAGGUUUAAAAUCACAAAUUUUUGAUGUCUCAAAAAAUUUAGUAUCACUAGGUUUCUAAAAAAGAAUAACUUUGACUGAUAAAUCAAGUAAUUUCCAAGCUAGAGGUCAAUAUAUUAUACUAGGCAUGGUAAUCAAAUUUUUCGAAAAAAUUGGUCAGUAGUCGCAACAAGUUAAAAAACUGUAAUUGAUACCUAAAGCAUUAGGUCAAGCAUACACCAGGUUAAAUGUUGAGGUCAUCUUUGCAUUUUCUUCAUCAUAAAGCGACGUUAAAUUACCAUACUUUCCAGAAAAAUGAGAAUCCGGCGUUCAUGUCCAGAAUCAUCAAAGUCUCAUUCAAGUGGAAAAAAGCCACCGGUAUCGACAGUGUGAUCCUCAAAGUAAUAUUUGAACCCGUCAGCAGUUCGUAUUUUACAUUGAUUUUUAAAUUAUCGGCAUUUUUUGUCAUUAUACCAUUUUAGGUUCCAUGUUUCCAAAACCCUGGAAAACAAGAGAACACUUCUCGGAUUGAGGAGUUUCUGACUCAAGCUCACACAGUAAGUUACGAUUUUUUUAAUAUUCGACAAUUUAGGACAGCUCAAAAAAAUUUUUUUUUUUAAUUUUUGACAAAAAAUAAAUGGCAAAAAAUUAUAUAAAACACAUCGUAAAAGAAAGUUUUUUAACUUAUAUUAUUACAAAGGAGUGGUAAACAGAGUUGUUAAAAGAAAAUGACGGCAAUUCGACGUUAUUUUGAAAAAUUUUUCAAGUUAACAACUGUAAUGGUAAACAAAAAUAGGUAUUUUAAUUUCAUUUUGGGUCUCACCUGGAAAACAGGCCUUUCAAAUGCAUAACUUUCAAAUUGUAAAUUAAAAAUUCAAAUAAUAUUAUGGAAGACUAGUUUUCCACACAAAAAAAUCACCAAAAAUCUUUACUUUUUCAGCGCGAAUGUGAUUUCUACGCCUUUUUCAACAGCAUUGAAGGCACUUCCCUGAAACUUCCCAAGUUUUAUUAUGGCCAUGAAUACUCCAAUGCUCACAAUAAUGGCCUCCUUGUCAUGGAGGACAUGAGUGGCUUCGCAAAGACCGAUAAAAUGUUGCCGGGAUUCACGAACGAGCAAGUCGAAAAUUUGAUCCAUGAGAUCGCCAAGAUCCAUGUCGCGUCUUGGCAACAUCCCGAAUGGAUCCCGCAGUUCGGUUGGAGAGUGGCUGGAGCCUUUGCAUUCGUCUUGGAAUGCAGAGACGUUGGGCAGAAUUUGAGGAAAAUUAAAGGGGAAGUUUUUAAUGAUCUCUUGGACCGAAUGGAGCCAUUGUUUACGGUGGAGUCGCUGGAUAAAGUCUCUUAUGUCAAAGAACCGUAUGGUGGGUAAUUUAUAGGGGUUUUAUAAGUUUAGAGUCAUCAUUUUUCUAUUGAAAUUACGAAAAGAAAAGUCUACUUGAGCUAAAGAGAUAUAGGGGAGCAUAGUAUAAUAGUUGUAGAUAACAUCAAAAAAUAUGAUCUUGAUUUUCAAUGUAAUUUUAUUUUUUUACAUUUUUAGUAGCCGGGAUUCCCCCCGCCUGUGUCCACACGGAUCUUUGGGCCGCCAACAUUUUGUGGAAGCUAGAUGAAAACGGAAAAAUAACUUCUGAAGUAGCUGGAAUCAUUGAUUGGCAGACCUGUAAAGCCGGGAAUGCGGCUGAGGAUGUCCUCCGUUUAUUGGCUUCAAACUGCAGCUCAAAGUAUCGACGAGAAAAUACAGAAAGAUUAUUGAAGUUGUACCUGAAUGACGUCAACAAAUUAAUGGGAAAAAACUUUAUCAGUUAUAAGCAGGUAAGCGAGAGCAAUAUUUUUGAAAAAACUGGGAGAACGGAGGGUACUUCGAAAUCAACUUUCAGCUAUACGAGGCCUAUCACGAGAGCAUGGCUCAGGAGGCGAUUCUCGCAAUCUUCGGCGCUCCUUUGUAUUGUAACAUGGAGAACGUGACUGGCGGGCCGAACAGUGCCCAGCUCAAGGAAGAGCUGCUGGAUCGCACUCAGGCCUUGAUUGAGGACACCUUGAAAUGGAAUAAUCUCUAA